GCGAGCUUAAACCGAUUCAGUUCUAUCUUUCCUGACGCAACCAUGUCCUUCGCCGACCUCAGCAAGACCCAGCGCGACGAGUUCGCCGCCUCCCUGGCCGUCCUGGCUCUCUUCGACGCCGGCGUCGAGGUCACGGCUGACGCCCUGACCAAGGCCUUCGAGGCCUCGGGCAACGACGUGGCCGCCUACGUGGCCCCGCUCUUCGCCGACCUGCUGGCCCGCGGCCUGGACGUCGAGAAGUUCCUGGCUGGCCCCUCGGCAGGCGCUGCCCCCGCUGCCGGCGCUGCCGCUGCCGGUGAGACCACCGCCAAGGUGGAGGAGAAGGCCGUUGAGGAGGAAGAGGAGGUCGACAUGGGCGGCGGCAUGGACAUGUUCGGCGGAGACGAGGACUACUAAGCGUCGUCCCUCUCUCUCGCACCGCUGCUGCCUCCAGGCCGACUCGCUGCUUAGGUUAUCAAGUGUGCGGGCCGUUCGGAGCUGCUGAAUAAAGCGUCGAAUCAGAGGAGCGUAUCACGUUGGCGUCAGUGCGGCGUUAUGCAGCUCCAUCUUGUUUUCGCGCUUUCGUCGGGGAAUUGUGAGUCGGGUCGCGGCAUUCGCGGCUGCAUGAGAGCAACAGCGACAGCGUGGGAAGAUUCUGUUAGGUCUCUUUAUAGUGUAUUGACUUCCAUGCCUCGCUGCCUCCCAUGUAACGCGAAUAAAACGAAGGGCUUCCACAAGGAACUACAACAC